AUGGACAUGGGGCGCGCCGCCAAUCAAAACGGGAGGGACCAGGGUUGCGGCGACCAGCCCGGUCGACCCGGCCUGCGCAAGAUUGCGUCUUCCUUUGACAAGGUCAGGAGGGCGUUUACGUUCAGGAGUGGCAGCGGCGGCACGUCGUCGUCGUCGUCGUCGUCCAGACCCGGAUCGCCAUAUCCUCUCAGCGGUGGUGGUGCUGCUGCAGACGUCGACGAACCGGUGAAGGGGUCGCGUAUCGGUGAACAACAAGGUGAGUCUGAGCACGCCGGUGCCGUGGAGCUGACGCAGGCUAACCCUCGAUUCAGCUACGACUCUGACCAUGCGCCACCCGCUAGAAGGUAG